AUGAACGCAUUCAUGGUAUGGGCCAAGGAUGAAAGGAGGAAGAUCCUCAAAGCAUGUCCUGACAUGCACAACUCCAACAUUUCUAAAAUACUGGGCGCUAGGUGGAAGGCCAUGUCGAAUUCUGAGAAGCAGCCAUACUACGAGGAACAGUCAAGGUUGAGCAAGCUGCAUAUGGAGAAGCAUCCGGACUAUAGGUAUAGACCGAGGCCGAAGAGGACCUGUAUAGUUGAUGGUAAGUGUUUCUUGUUUCUGGUAAAAACAUCUCUACAAUCGUAUUUUUGGGAGUUGUAA